CGUAGAACGUGACGUCAUUCUGGAGCAGUGGUCAAACAUGGCGGCGAGCAGGAGGGAGUAGCUCUUUAAAUGAAAGACUUUUCUUGAUCUUCUUCAGCGUUAGAGCUCCCCGGUUUCCUUCCACAGGAUCCACUUUUGAAGCAGCAGGAUGCCCGGGAAAAACGGUGACCAGUUCAAAGCCGGAGACCUGGUGUUCGCCAAGAUGAAGGGCUUUCCGCACUGGCCUGCCAGGGUCUGUAAGGUGGACAGCGGCUUCAAGAAAAGGAUACCGGUGUAUUUCUUUGGGACCCAUCAGAUAGGAAGCAUCCCACCAGAGAAUAUUGUUCCUUAUUUGGGCAAUAAGAUGAAGUACGGCAGUGGCGUUCGCAUCAGAGGCUUCGUGGAGGGCAUGUGGGAGAUCCAGAACACACCUGGAAUCGGGACCAAGCUCAAAGUUCCAGGAAAGAACAACGUUGCAAAACCCUCCAAACCAUCUGCAGCUGCGAAAGCUACACCUGCAAAAAAAUCUGUAACGUCCAAGGCUGCGCCUGCGAAAACAUCUGCAGCUGCAAAAGCUACAACUGCAAGAACACCUGCAGCUGCAAAAAAACCUGCAGCUGGUAGAGCCACACCUGCAAGGACAUCUGCAGCUGGUAGAGCUGCACCCGCAAGGACAUCUGCAGCUAAUAGGGUUGCAUCUACAAAAAAAUCUGUAGCAUCCAAGGAUGCACCUGCAGAAACAUCUGCUUCAUCUGAGGCUGCACCUGCAGAAACAUUUGAUUCAUCCGAGGCUGCACCUGCAGAAACAUCUGCAGCUACAAAAGCUACAACUGCAAGAACACCUGCAGCUGCUAGAGCUGCACAUGCAAGGACACCUGCAGCUGCAAGAACACCUGCAGCUGGUAGAGCUACACCUGCAAGGACACCUGCAGCUAGGAGAGUUGCAUCUACAAAAAAAUCUGUAGCAUCCAAGGAUACACCUGAAGAAACAUCUGCUUCAUCUGAAGCUGCACCUGCAGAAACAUCUGCAUCAUCCAAGGACACACCUGCAGAAACAUCUGCUUCAUCUGAGGCUGCACCUGCUGAAACAUCUGCAUCAUCCAAGGACACACCUGCAGAAACAUUUGCAUCAUCCAAGGACACACCUGCAGAAACAUCUGCUUCGUCUGAAGCUGUACCUGCUGAAACAUCUGCAUCAUCCAAGGAUACACCUGCAGAAACAUCUGCUUCAUCUGAAGCUGCACCUGCAGAAACAUCUUCAUCCAAGGCUGCAUCUGCAGAAACAUCUGUACCAUCCAAGGCUGUAUCUGCAGAAACAUCUGCAUCUUUGAAACCAUCUGCAAAAUCUGAGGGUAAGCCUGCUGAAGCUCGAACUACAGCAGACACCACGCCACCUGCAGCUGUAGACGAAAAGCCUAAAUCGAAGGCUGACAGCAGAACAUCUUCUGGUAGAAGUACUCCGAACAAAGCGACUCAGGAACUUGAAAGCGUCGUCCGGGCUUCUACAAGGACUUCAACUAGAAUAACGACCGACAAGAUAAGUGACUCUAAACUUCCAGAACCUACAGCGACGACGAGAAGCGCAAGAGCGCUAACCAGAGCAGGAUCUGCAGGAGAGAGUGACAGACAAGUGUCUAUAAACAAAAAAGAGACCAGAUCGAGCAGAUCAUCAGAGCAUAAGACAGAGACCACAGUCACAGCUGAAAAAAACACUAAAAACAGAAGACAAACCAAAGUAGAGAUGACUGCAGCUGCUGGCUGCGCAGACAGGGAGGAGACUGCUGCUGCUGGAUCUACAGCCAAGAAGAGGAGCAGAGCAACGCCCUCAGAGAUUGAUGAGGAGCAGGAAGUGAAGAGGAGCACUCCUUCUGUGAAGAAGAGGAGGGCCGAAGAGGAGAAGGAAGAAACCCGAGAGAAGCCGAAAGAGGAGAAUAAAAGUCAGGAGGAGGGAAAAGAAGAGACUUCAGAGAGGAGGGGGGAGAAAAGAAAGAAAGAGGAGGAGGAGGAGAAAGAGGGAGCAAAGACGAGAAGAGCCGAGACGAAAGAACAGAAGCAGGAGGCGAAGACGAAGGAGGGCAGAGAUGGAGAGAAAGGGAGGAGAGAGAAAAAGACGGAGGUGGAAGGAAAAGGUAGAAGUAGAGAGAAGGAGGUAGAGAGGCGGAGGGAGCUGAGGAGCAACAAGAGCCAGGGAGAUGGUGAGGAGGAGCAGAAGGAGGUGAAGCAGGAAGGUGCGGAGGAGAAGAAAAGAAAGGAGGAAGAGAAGCACGACGAACCAGAUAAAGCCACCACAAAGGAGGAGGAUGAGCGGCGGCGAGACCUCACCGACCGUAGGGAGAGCCUGAUAAAGUCGCUGCGAGGUCUGCUGAAGAACGGGAAGGAGGUGAAGAGGAGGAGGGAGGCGAUGAAGAGCGGCCAGAAAAACAUCGACUUGAAGAAGAUGAAGGAGCGUUCAAAGGAGGAAAGAAAGAAGAGGAGAAGGGAGGAGGAGAAAGACAGACGAAGGAAAGAGGAGAAAGAGACGGGAGAUAUGACCAAGAAAAGAGGGAACCGCCAGAAAGAGGAGGAGAAGGAGUCCACUCCAAAGACAGACCGGAGGAGAGACGAGAAGGAGGAGAAAACGAAGCAAAACAGGGAGAGAAAGGAGAGUCGAAACGGAGAAUCGGAGGAGAAGAAGAAGAAGAAAGACGACGAGACGGAGCAGAAGGAGAAGAAAGAGGAGGAGAAGAGGAGGAAGAAAGACGACGAGACGGAGCAGAAGGAGAAGAAAGAGGAGGAGAAGAGGAGGAAGAAAGAUGACGAGACGGAGCAGAAGGAGAAAACCUCCACUGCAGAAACCAGGAGGAACAAACCAGAUGAAGCCCAGACCAACCAACGAGGAGCCAAGCAGGAGGCGGAGCUCCGGGAACGACCGAAGGAGAAGAAAGAGGAGGAGAAGAAGAAGAAGAAAGAUGACGAGAUGGAGCAGAAGGAGGAGAAGAGGAGGAAGAAAGAUGAGACGGAGCAGAAGGAGAAGAAAGAGGAGGAGAAGAAGAAGAAGAAAGAUGACGAGACGGAGCAGAAGGAGAAAACCUCCACCGCAGAAACCAGGAGGAGCAAACCAGAUGAAGCCCAGACCAACCAACGAGGAGCCAAGCAGGAGGCGGAGCUCCAGGAACAAGCCGACCGAUCGAAGGAGAAGAAAGAGGAGGAGAAGAGGAGGAAGAAAGACGAUGAGACGGGUCAGAAGGAGAAAACUUCCACUGCGGAAACCAGGAGGAACAAACCAGAUGAGGGACAGAUAAACCAACGAGGAGCCAAGCAGGAGGCGGAGCUCCAGGAACGACCGAAGGAGAAGAAAGAGGAGGAGAAGAGCGGAGACGCCGUGCAGCAGAAAGACGAGGAGAAGAAGGACGAGAAGAAGAUCAUCGGGAAGAUCGUGAAGGCCUCCCAGGGGACCAAGAUCCAGGUGAAGACCAUGAUGGGGGGAGCACCUCCUGGGCUGGAGGAGGACAAGAAGAAGAAGGAGGAGCAAAGGGAGAAGAACCCGGAGGAGAACAAACAGGUUUCAUCUGAGGGAAAGGAGAAGAAAAGUUCUGUUCCUGAGAGGAAGUCUGAGAGACUGAGCGUCGACCAAAAGGAAGGAGAUGUGAGAAAGGAGGAGCCACACAGGAGGAGAGGGGGAGGAGGAGUCGAGACCGCCGUGAAGAAAGAGGAGGUGGAGGAGAGGAGGACACGGGAGCACAAGAAAAAAGACGAGAAGUCUGAGGGGAAGAGUGAGGAAAAGAAAGAAAAACGGGCCGACCAAUCCAACAUAGAACAGCCGGAGAGGAGGAGGAGUCUGGAUGAGGAGGCGGAGCCAAAGAACCGGGGCGUGACGCUGACCGACUCGGCUCUGCAUCGGAUCCACGGAGACAUCCGGAUCGCCCUGAAGAACGACAAUCCUGACAUCAGCAAGUGCCUGUCAGCGCUGGACCAGCUCAGCAUGCUGUACGUGACGUCGCAGCACGUUCAGAGACACAGUGAGCUGGUUUCCACGCUCAGAAAGAUGCGAUACUACCGGGCCAGCCAGGCCAUCAUGGACAAAGCCUCCAUGCUCUACAACCGCUUCAAGAACGCCUACCUGGUGGGGGAAGGGGAGGAGGUGGUGAGCGCCACCUUCCUGCGGUCGCUGCUGGAGGAGAAGGAGCAGGAGGAGGCGCAGCGGGUGGAGCGCUGGAAGGAGAAGCUGCAGGAGGAGGGCAGCAAAGCUGAAGGCUGUGAUGAGCCCGUCACCACGUCUCACCCUGUGAAAGUCUGAGACCCGCCCACGAGGAUCUUCUGCCAUGAACCCUUCAGCAGUACAGUUGGUAUCCUGUCAUGAAGCAGCAGCUGCAGGUCGGGACUCUGCUGAGCUGAAGCUCCGCCCAGCUGUUACACUGAGAAACUAGGAAAAGCAUUAACUGUUCCAUCACUAACUUGAUCUUUUUUUACUUCCUAAAGCUGAUUUUAAGCAUUAAACCCCAACAGGAUUCAGUGCUGCCUUGCUCAAAGGCUCUGAACCAGCUGCUGUGUUCUUGUAAAGUUUGUAUAGAAAUAUUUUAUUGUCUCGUGGGUUUGAUUGGUUUUGAUGUUUUUAUUCUGUGUAGGAAAACUCCAGAUCAGAUUUCUGUAAAGACUUUUACUUUGAAACACUGUUUUUGUUUUUUUAAAUGAAACCAAACUGUUUGUUUUUUUGUUUGUUUGUUUUCUCAGUAAAUCUUUGAUCCUGAAAAAGUCAUAAAACACUUUGAAACUCCCUGAACGAGUUUGACUGAUUUGGGUUCAGAAAAUCCUCCUUUCAGUCCAGAAACCUUAAAGCUGAUUCUCUGAUACACGUCUGACCACCAGAGGCAGCGCUGAGCUGAAGGUUUUAUGUGCUGGUCCAGAAGGUUCUGAUGUAUGUUUCUCAAGGAUUCGUCUUAAAGGAAGCACCUCGAUCGAGAGACGAGCUGGUGACCAAUCAGCUCUCACCUGACCGACCUUUAUCGAUAUCCACCAGGUAAAGUCCCACCUUGACCGGCGUUCCAGUCGGCUCCUGUGGACGUCGUUCAAGAACUUCCUGGAUCCACUUUACAGCUCAGAGAAACAUUAAAAAUGUUUUAUUGUUCUAAAGCAAACUCAGAUCAGGAAGUCUUUUGUCCUCAUUCUUUUAAUUUGAACACAAAGUUAUCAAAGAUGAAAAGAUUAAAAACUGAAGAUUAUUUUUCUUUCCAGAAGAAACUGAACAAAACAUUUGAAUAAACGAUUAUUUCUGGUUUCACUACAUCCUUUAA